AUGUCAACAACUAUUAGUUCACCGUUGGUUUCUCCUGGCGAUAACUUGAAGCAGUUUAUCUGCAGAAGUCUUACUGAAGUGGUUAGACUUUUUGAAGGAGUAUCAUUGAAUAAUGACCGCACUCAAUUUGAACAUGCAUUAUACAAGUUGGAACAAGUCAUUCAAAUUGGAAUUAGCAGUGACGAACAAGGUUUAUGGCAUCAAGUAUUUCCGGAACAUUUGCUGGAUACACUUAUUUAUGCAUUUAAUACAUUACUCGAGGAAACCAUGAGUUUACAUUCAGAUUGUUCAACGAUGUCAGUGACAAAACCAGCUACUGUUGCUAAAGAUUCAGCGGGCAGGCCCGCAUUUGAAAUAAAAAGGGAAACACUAAAACUUUUUAUGAGCUAUGACUUCUCCUUAGUUAAGAUUGCUGAAAUGUUAGGUGUCAGUGCCAAGACAAUAAGCCGAAGAAUUAAGGAAUUUGGUUUAAAAGAAGAGGUUCCCAAAUACACAGAUAUUACAAAUGAUGACCUUGAUAAAUUAGUUUCAGAUAUUUAUGGAGAAUUUCCAAAUUGUGGUAUUCGAAGAAUGAAGGGAUUUCUAACUGCAAGAGGUAUAAAUUUGCAAUGGGAGCGUGUCAGAUCGUCACUAUGGAGAAUUGACCCCGAGGGCAUUAUAUUGAGAUUAAUGCAGUUAAAUUUAGUUAACCGAAGGCGAUACUUUGUACCUGGGCCACUAUUCUUGUGGCACUUAGAUGGCAACCAUAAGUUGAUCAGAUGGGGAUUCGUUAUCCACGGGUGUAUAGACGGCUACUCGAGGCGGAUUAUGUUUUUGAAAGCAAGCACCAACAAUCUAGCAAACACAGUGUUUAGUCUUUUCAUCGAAGCUGUUGAUAGGUUUGGUCUUCCACAAGGAGUUCGGGGUGACCAAGGGGUAGAAAAUGUCGAUGUGGCAUGGUUUAUGCUAUCAAACCCUGCCAGAGGCCCUGAUCGUGGUAGUUUUAUAGCAGGAAAGAGCUGCCACAAUCAGCGUAUCGAAAGACUCUGGAGGGACGUCUUUCAUGGUUGCACAUUCAUUUUUUACUAUGUCUUCUGGUAUCUUGAAGAAAAUGGUUAUUUGGAAAUUGACAAUGAAUUACACAUGUUUUGUUUACAUUAUGUAUUUCUUCCUAGAAUAAAUCGACAUCUAGAUCUAUUCAGAAAUGGCUAUGAUAAUCACCCAUUAAGAACUGAAUCAAACAUGACACCAAAUCAGUUAUGGGUGUAUGGUUUAAACCAAGUUCAUAGCGGCCACAUUCCAACCUCAGAACCAACAAGUGCCAAUAUGUAUGGUAUUGAUUUUGAAGGACCGUUGCCAUCUCGAGUCUACAAUGGUGAAACAUUAAAUGAAAUUUCUGUCUAUGUUCCUCCUGUUGCAAGCCCAUUGAAUGACAGCCAGUUAAACUUACUUCGUUCAGUUGUUGAUCCAUUAGCAUCAUCAUCAUCACAUGGACUGGAUAUAUAUUUAAACACAGUACAAAUCAUUCAUAAUAUGCUCCAAUCAAGUGUAACCAGUCAUCCUUGUGGAUAA